GCUGGGGCCAGUCGUGUCCGGCGCCCGCGGUCGCACCCCCACCGGGCAGCCCCCUGCCCCUCUGCCAAGCCUCCAGGCCCCUCGACCCCCGCAGUCGGGGGACACUUGCAAAUCACAUCCGGAAAGGGGGGGCGCGAGGGGCGGAGCGCGCCCCCGGGAGGAGGAGACCGCAUCUCCCCGCCUCCCGCCCGCGCUCACCGCCAGCCGCCGAGCCGUCCCUCUCGCGGAGCCUGCAGUGUCGCCCGUGCCCCGAGCCCCUGCAGGCCAGAGGCUCCCGCAGGUGAUGGCGGACGAGGGUGCGAGGGACGUGGAAACUGCUGCGCGCCCGUCGCCCGGCCCGGCGCAGGGAGGGGGCGCGCGCCCGGGCCCCGCGGCUGGGGCCCGAGAAGCCGGGAGACGCGGGCACAUCGACCCCGUAGCCGGCCCCGGGACCGCCUUGCCUGCCCCGGGGCGCCGGGAAGCGGCCUCUGUGGCGACUGACCGGAGCCCGGAAAACGGCCUUAUCGAAGAUGAGGCCCCAGAAACCUGUGGUGCAGAGGGGUGGAGGGCUCGGGUUGGAGCUGGCGGGAAGGCCGAGGAAGUGACGACUAAGGAAGGCGCCAUCUUCGAGGAGGAGGCAGAGGGAGAGGUGGCGAAGCAGCAAGUGGGAGAGGAUAUGGAGGUGGUGGAGAAGCUGGAGGUGGAGGCGGAGGCGGAGGCGCAGGAGGGCCUGGGGCCCCUUAACCUGGAUGGCCCGGUUGUGGACCCACUGGAGGCCAUUCAGUGGGAACCGGAGGCUGUGAGCGCCCACGCGGAUAGGGCCUACCUGCAACUCGAGCGCAGGUUUGGGCGCAUGCGCCGCUUGCACCUAGCCCGUAGGAGCUUCAUUAUCCAGAAUAUUCCUGGCUUCUGGGUCACCGCCUUCCUGAACCACCCGCAGCUGUCAGCCAUGAUCAGCCCCCGAGAUGAAGACAUGCUCUGCUACCUGAUGAAUUUGGAGGUGAGGGAGCUCAGGCAUGCCAGGACUGGCUGCAAGUUCAAGUUCCGCUUUUGGAGCAACCCCUACUUCCGGAACAAGGUGAUCGUGAAGGAAUAUGAGUGCAGAUCCUCAGGUCGGGUAGUAUCAGUUGCAACUCGCAUCCGCUGGCACCGGGGCCAGGAACCCCCUGCUCUGGUACACAGGAACCGAGACACUGUCCGCAGCUUCUUCAGCUGGUUCUCACAGCACAGCCUUCCAGAGGCCGACAGGGUUGCCCAGAUCAUUAAAGAGGACUUGUGGCCCAACCCCCUGCAAUACUACCUGCUGGGGGAUAGGCCCCACAGAGCCAGGCGAGGCCUCGCCAGGUGGCCCACAGAGGCUCCUUCUAGGCCCUACAGGUUCCAGUCUGGCUGAGUCCUGCCCUGGGACCUGGCCCCUACAUAAGGUUCCCUUCUGCCUCCUGUGGACCUGUGCUUAGGCCAGUGAUGGCACCCUGCUGUCUGCUUUCUCUUCUCUGCUCUCUGGCCCCUCUGGACAUUCAGUGGAUGCAGCUCCAAGAUUGUGGGCUUCGUGGCCAAGCCCUUCUGUUUCCAUGUGGCCUUCAUGCAUCACGUGACUGUCACUUGCCAGUGUCUACUCAAGCACCCAAUGCUAUGGACAUGUACGGCCAUCAUCUUCAUGUCCUGGACCUUUGAUCAUGGCCUUCCCAUCCAUUUUUGACAUGGGCACCCACAAGUCAUUGCUAGAAGGACCAGUGCCUCUUUGAGGCCUACUACUUCAAGGCUACAAGGUGCUGGGCUUCAUAUUUAUGCUGGUCCUGCACACUGUGUGGCAAGCUGAGUCUCAUCACCCAAGAUGAAAUGGGUGCACUUGGUGCUGGCUGUCAACCAGACUUGUACAUUCCAGGGCCUCGGGACCACAGGCCAGGCUACUGGACUGUUGGGCAUCUAGCAGAGUGGGCAUGCAGCCAGCAGAAGGCUGCUGGGCGUGGGUGAGGUCAAGGGCAUGAAGCAGUGGGCAAUGCAUUGUUUGUGACCACGCUGCUCUUCUUACCCCUGUGUUGAUCCUACCUUGUGGCCUACUGUCAGCUUGCAGAGGUCUGUACCAUCGCCCUUCUCGUGAGUUUUGCCCAGGCUGCCACUAAUCUUGUUACCUGCUCCCAGGUCUAUAAGGUCCUCAAGAACUGCCUGUGGACCCAGGUGGGCCACCUGCCAAUGCAAACAAGAGCUCCCAAACCCUCAGGAACUCUGCAGCACCGGCAUAUCUGGGCAUUUGCUCAAGGCAAGGCAACAACGAGGUCCCUUCCAGAAGCCUACUACCCUGAGCCCGUCACUGGAUUCACACAGACUCCAGCUCCACCAUCUCCACCUGUUUUUAGGCCGCCAGGUUGGGGGUGCUGGGGAGGGGUGUUUCUGGUCAUGUAGGCUGUCUGCACCUGCCUAGAUCGCACAUCUUUUUAUUUUCUUUAAAGUGACAGCUCAGAAACAGAAAAUAAACUGAAGCAGCAAGGUUCUUCACAGACAGCUGAGGAGACGGCUUUCUUGUUGGCUUUGCCUGUCUUUGGUUGACUGCAGAGGGGGAGGUUGUUUUCUGCUACCCAGGCUCUCUUUGCCCGCUUUGCUCCCAGGCUCUGCCCCCGUCAGCAAGGCCUGGGAUCUUUAAGGGGGGAAAGAGCAGGGCUGCUGAACAGAGAGACCAAGACGUCUGGCUCCCCAGGGGAGGAGAUAGUUCACUGUUUUUGUUUCGUGCUGUGUCAUUUUAGACUAACUUUGGCCCCAACUCUACUUUCUUCUUCCAGCGGGUCCAUACCUCCCCCGUGGGAUCCUGUAGGUAUAAGAGCCUAGCUGCCCCCACCAAGUCCCCCUCUGCAGGCUUUCAGGACUGUCUCCAUUUAAUUGUGGGGGUCACCAUAUCCAGGCCCCUUCCCAUGGAAGGCCUUGUCUUCUGCUCCCCAGGCCCUGGGGAGACCUUGACACAAAAUAAAGGAGCAAGUCCUCUCAGCAGGGGAGUGCAGGAGGGCCAGAGCCAGCCAGAAAGGCAGAGAUGGCUGAGAGUCCAUGGGGAGGUGGGAGGAGAGCCCCUUGAUUCUUCCUAACUUUUCUUUUGUGAGGGAGAUUGGCCCUGAGCUAACAUUCAUUGCCAAUCUAACUCUUUUUCCUUGAGGAAGAUUGUCACUGAGCUAACGUCUGUGCCAAUCUUCUAUUUUGCAUGUGGGACGCUUCCACAACAUAGCUUGAGUGGUGUGUAGGUCUGCACCUGGGAUCUGAACCCACAAACCCUGGGCCACUGAAGCUGAGCGUGUGACCUUAACCACUACACCACUGAGCCAGCCCCACUUCCUAACUUUUUUGAUUGACCAGUAGGUUUUUAAAAUGAGAAGAAUAACAGAACGCUGCAACUUUAGAGGCUGUCUCAGUCCAGGUGUGACCUUGUGUACGUAGAAAGUUACUGCUAUAUAUAGUUUUUCAUUUUGCUGCUUUUAAGGAAGACCCUAGGCAUCCCCUUCUCUGGUUCUUCAGACGGGGGAAACUGAGCUGUCCACGCCUGCUUGUUGCUUUUAGUUGAGAACAUUUAUAAGAAUGUCAGUGUAAUCUUUCUCUGCCAUUUGGAAACUUUGUAGCUAUUCGGGAUUGUAAUCAAGUUGUUGUGGUCUGUUAAUAUCACCCUGUACUUAGAAGUAGUUUGAAUAGGGUGGUUUUGUAGGACUUAAGACCGGAAAUUGUUACCAUGUUCCUCAUGUUUUGUGAGGAUAACCUCCAAAAAUAAAUCUGUAACUCUGA